CCAUAUUCAGUGCAUUUCUAUGACAGAGCUGCUGACUCAGGGGGUUUGGACAAAGGGCCGAUGCGGUCGGGUCUAGUAUAAAAGGAAAGGGUUAAACCAGGUAGGAUACAGUUUGGUGCAAGAGCAGAAACAUCAGCAGCAACCAGCAGCUCAACCAGCAGCUCAGCCAGCAGCCCAAUAACCAGCAAUAUGACUACCACUGGAAUGAACAUGAUGAGCAGGAUCAUCUUCUACGAGGACAGGAACUUCCAGGGUCGUUCCUAUGAGGUCAUGAACGACUGCCCUGACAUGUCCUCCUACCUGAGCAGAUGCCACUCCUGCAGGGUUGAGAGAGGCUGCUUCAUGGUGUACGACCGCACCAACUACAUGGGCAACCAGUACUUCCUGAGGAGGGGUGAAUAUGCUGACUACAUGAGCAUGAUGGGCAUGAACGACUGCAUCAGGUCCUGCCGUAUGAUCCCCAUGUACAGGGGAUCCUACAGGAUGAGGAUCUACGAGAGAGAGAACUUUGGUGGUCAGAUGUAUGAGCUGAUGGACGACUGUGAUAACAUCAUGGACCGUUACCGCAUGUCCAACUGCAUGUCCUGCAACGUGAUGGAUGGCCACUGGCUGAUGUACGAGCAGCCCCACUACAGAGGCAGAAUGAUGUACAUGAGGCCUGGAGAGUACAGGAGCUUCAUGAACAUGGGAUUCAGCGGCAUGAGGUUCAUGAGCAUGAGGCGCAUCACUGACUCCUGCUACUAGGCUGUCUUUGCACUAAAUAAAGCUGUCAUGAACUGAA